AUGAGUUCAAGUCAAUCAACUGCGCCGGUUGCUUCUGGUCAGUCUGGAACAAAUGUAGGUGGGAAUGCUCAACAGACUGCGGGCUCUGAGUCUGAAGAAGUAUGGGAUGAAGCAAAACUCGAGCAGGCGAUGAAAACUCUAAAGGAAAUGCAUAUUCAAUGUCGCAAUCUACGAUCUACAAUUCCAAGACUGCUUACGCCUUUGGCAACCAAGCAGCAAUCACCCGAGCAGCUCUUUUCUUCCUUUCAGCAAGCCGCAACAACUUCAAAUAAGGAAGUACGAGAUUUCACACGAUUGAUGAAGGAUGAAGAGGGUGUGAAGCUCUUUGAACAUGCAAAGAAGAGUCGAGCUGAGAAUCCACAUGGGAUAAAGCCAUGGAGAGUUACAGAACAUCCUGAUUGGCUUGAUAGAGAUACAUGA